CAGAGCCCCUGACUCAAUGCUCCUCUGGUUAAUCAGUAACCAGGGUGGGAGCACCACGGCAGGCUGGACGGGUUAAAGAGAGGGAGCAGAGGAGCCAGGACUUCACUCAGCACCUCAAUCAGCAGCAGCAGCAGCAGCAGCAGACACAUACGAAAGAAUUGUUUUAAGGUGAAUACCAACAAAAGGUAAAAUGCAGAUACUGCGCGUGCCUGUGGUAGCCCUCCUACUCUGCUGCUACCUCUCAGGAACCCAAGCCAACCGUGUCUAUGUGCACCCCUUCCACCUGUUCGCUGCCGAGAAUGUCACCUGUGAGACCCUGCAGACCCAGGCGUCAAAGCCCCUGGAGACACUUCCUGUGUCCCUGCUUGAUAUUGAAGUCCUGACACCAGACAGCAGGGACCCAUUGAAAGUGGAUACACAGAGGCAGAACAUCACAGAGAGGACGGCGGUUCUGGCAGAGCUGUUGAACUCUCUGGGCCUGAGGAUGUACCAGGCUGUCAGCAGCAAGCAGCGCAGCACCAACACUCUCCUCUCUCCGGUCAACACCUACGGAUCCCUCGUCACCUUCUACCUGGGGGCCUCCAAGAAGACAGCAAGCUCAUUCCAGCUUCUACUGGGCCUGAGCAGCGAAACCGACCGAGAGGACUGUGUGUCCUUGGUGGAUGGACACAAGGUUCUCAAGACCCUGCAGGGCAUCAACUCUCUGGUGGAUGACGGACCCAAAGAUGAAAUCACCACCCAGGUCUGGACCUUCACUCGCCAGGACGCUCAAUUGUCCGAGGACUUUAUUCAAGGCACGCAGGACUUCUCUGACACAUCAUUCAUCCGCGGUGUGGAUUUCUCCAAACCUGAGGAGGCGGAGCAGCUGGUGAACAGCUUCGUGGAGAAGACAUCAGACGGGAGGGUGAAGGGCAUUUUCAAAGAUCUGAACUCCAGCAGCGACCUUCUGUUUGCUACUUCCUUCAACUUCCAAGGCAACUGGAGAACAGCUUUUCAGCCAGAGAAGACCUCCUUGCAGGAGUUUCAUGUGGAUGAAACAACCACAGUGAUGGCUCCUCUGAUGACCCACACGGGUCGGUACCACUACCUAAAUGAUAAGGUGCGGCGGUGCACAGUUGUGAAGCUGUCUCUGAGCAAACGGUCCUACAUGUUGCUGGUCCUGCCUCAUGAAGGGGCCGACCUCCAUGACAUUGAGUCUAAGCUGCUCACCGACGUCAUGUCCGACUGGUACCAGAGCCUCCAGGAAGGUCUGUUGGAGCUGUCCCUCCCAAAGUUCUCCAUGUCCGCUGUGACUGAUAUGCGCGACCUGCUGACCCACAUGGAUCCAGAAAUUGAGGCCAAGCUGUUGGGCUCCCUGGCUGAGUUCAGCCAACUCAGCAACAUCAAACCCUUCACUAUAGAUAAGGCGGUCAGCAGGGUGACGUUUGAGAUGUCCGAGGAAGGAGCAGAACCUCAGGACAAGAUCCAGGAAGCAGGUGUCCCUCUGAAACUGUUCAUCAACCGUCCGUUCUUCUUCUCUGUCAUAGAGGGAAAUUCUAACGCCAUCCUCAUGCUCGGCAAGAUCACCAAUCCUACACUGUAAAGUUAUAUAGUACUUAAAAACUCAAUAGCGCAGCCUCGCUCAAGAAGAAUCUAUCAGUAUUCAACAGUGUUGUAGUUGUCAUCAGCCAUCAGAGCUCUCCACAAACUCACAGUCACUGUGUCAGUAUUUAUAUGAACCUGUUACACUAAGCUGAACUUUUCAAUCUUUCUGUAAAAUUUAUUAUAGCAGAGUUCUGUACAGUAUUUUCAGUAGAGUAGGUACAGUAACCUUGAACCUCUACCAUGAAUGACUGAUACGUUGUAUAUUGUAACUAAGAGUUUAUUUUUGUUUUGGUAUGAUUUGUGAUUUCUGCAAUAAAACAUUUGUAUCCCGAUAUAAUUCUAA